UCUUAUGGAAACCUAGGUACUGUGUUUCAGUCGCUUGGCCAAUACGAUAAUGCAAAACAGUAUCAUCAAAAAGGGCUUGUCAUCACAACUGAAAUUGGUGAUAAGAAAGGGAAAGCAGCACAACUUUCAAACCUUGGAGGAGUGUCUAGAACUCUUGGUGAUUAUGAAGCUUCGGAAGUAUGCUUGGAGAAAGCUUUAUACAUAUCCAGAGAUAUUGGAGCUGGAAGAACAGAAUUCGAAAUCCUUCGAGGCUACGCCAUUUUGUAUUUAUCUCAAAAUAAAAUCAAAGACUCUCUGUCGUGUCUUCAUCUGUGCAUUGAAAAGUAUGAGGAGCUGAGAUAUUUUUUGGGCGCCAAUGAUGAGUUCAAAACAUCAUUGCUGGAGCACUCAGGAAUAUUUCCCUACAAGCUGCUUUGUAUUUUGCUCUGUGACACCGGAAAUGCUCGGGAUGCUCUCUAUGUCGAGGAGUUGGGUCGAGCUAGAGGCCUAUCAGACUUAAUGGCAGAGAAGUACUCGGUUGAAACGCAUAUCUUUGCUAAUCCACAAUCUUGGUAUGGCAUUGAGAACAUUUUAAGAAAGAAAAAUAACUGUACUUGUCUGUACAUUUCUUAUUUUCAGAAUCUUCUGCAUUUGUGGAUCUUGAAAACAAGUGGAGUCCUUCACCAUAGAAGAAUAUCAGUAGAAGAGAAUCUAGUUCAGGCUGGGUUGCCCAAAGAUUUGUCUUUGAGUCAAUUUUUGGAUGAUAAUUUCCGGGGUCUUGGUAUUUUGCCUACUAAAGAUUGUGAAGAUCGGUCUUUAAAUACGAUUAACGUGCAACCUCUCUCUCCCGCACAAAAGAGCUCAGCAAGAUUGCGACUAGUCGAGGAGGACGAGGAAAAGGAAGUCAUUUCAAGUCUAUCUUUGUGUUACAAAAUGUUUAUCGCUCCCGUUUAUGAUUUGCUGGAGGAGCCUGAAGUCAUCAUCGUUCCUGACCGCAGUUUGUACAAAGUUCCAUUCGCUGCACUGAGUGAAAAGGAGGGAGCCGAAUUCCUCUCGGAGACUCAUAAGAUCCGUGUCAUUCCUUCCUUGACAACACUCAAGAUUAUUCAAGAUAGUCCAGAGGGCUAUCACAGUAACACUGGUGCCUUGAUAAUAGGAAAUCCCAAGGUUAAUUGGCUGCCGUCAUUGCCAUUUGCAAGAAGGGAAGCGGAGAUGGUUGGACGACUGAUGCGUGUUCCGCCUCUGGUAGAAGAGAAAGCAACGAAGCAGGCGGUGCUUGAGCGGAUAGGUUCAGUGAGCCUGAUACAUUUUGCUGCCCAUGGCAACGCCCAAAGAGGAGAAAUUGCCCUCUCCCCCAUUCCUAUUCCCAACAGUCAAAAUGCUAUCCCACCACAGGAAGCUUACAUGUUGACGAUGGCUGAUGUCUCACGAGUGAAAGUUAGAGCUAAACUGGUGGUACUUAGCUGCUGUCACAGUGGAAGAGGUGAGAUAACAGCCGAGGGAGUGAUAGGAAUUGCCCGUGCGUUCUUAGGAUCUGGUGCUCGCUCGGUGUUAGCUGCGCUGUGGGCCAUUCCAGACUUAGCAACGGAGCAGCUGAUGAAUCGGUUCUACAAACACCUUGUUGAAGGAGAAAGUGCCAGUGAAUCCCUUCAUCAAGCCAUGAAGUGGAUGAGAAAAAACGGCUUGAGAAAAAUGUCUGAGUGGGCUUCGUUUACGCUGAUUGGAGAUGAUGUGAGGCUCGAGUUUGACAAGCAGAGGUAA